AUCAAAGGUUCAGCAGCAAGCUUCGAUUUCAAAUUAGGCUUGAUGAUUUCCGGAGUCUUUUUCUGGACUCUAUAAACCUGAAAACUGAACCUACAGAUAAUACUUCUACAUUUACAGUACAGCAGGCCAUGGUGAUGUACAAUUCUAUCAAUAAUAUUCUUCUAAACAAACUAUCUGGUAAAGUCAGCAAAGUACCACUAAAAAAGAUCUGGAGAUUAAUUGUUGCAUACGAAAAUCUGAUUCGUGCCAUGGAACAUAUAGGAAUAGAGAUUGCACAGGGCUAUGCUUUCAUUCAAGAAGAAGACCUAACUGACCAAGGACUUAUUCGGUAUCUGCAGUCCAGGAACUUAGCAAGGGAUUAUAUUAUUCAAACUAAGAUAUUCCUGCCGAUCAUGACUCCUAUCGUGGAGAAGGCUGAGAAAGGUCUGGACUUUCAAAUCUAUUCCGCUUUAAAGGAUCAAUAUAUCGGAGUUCUAAUAAACAAAAAGCCCCAAUCCAUUGUGAACAUUACAGAGGCAAGUUUUUACAAGAUGUCAACCUCCUACAUUCAAAAACUAACG